CGCUCACAUUUGCGCAGCCCGACUUUAUCAUACCGCGCGGUCGUUUAUUAUACGCGUUUAUCAGUUGUAUGUUUGGCGGCAUGAUGAAACCCGUUUUUAGAUGGUACACAGAGCCGGUUUGAUGGUGUCCACAAGGUGAGUAGGUGAAAGGUGACCCCGGUUGAACGUCGCGGGGGGCGUGCCGUGACGUCACGGAAGAAGGCUGCGAAUGCCAGCUGAACGUCCAGAGUUUACAGUAGAGUCCAGACCGAACCAGAGCUCAGAGAGUUUCUCAGCACCGGGCACUCCGACGCGUAAUCAGGGCAAUAACCUUGACUGACCUCAAGUAAACGCAGGCGCCUAAGUCUGAACUGCAGAUUCGCGGUCAGGAUCGCCGCUCGUUUCCACGGUGGCUGCGUCAAGAGAGCUGCGUCCUGAAGCGGGAUCGCGUGACGUGUUCUGGCGUGCGUGUAAUCGUGACUUUCGCACUGAGCGAUCCGUAGACCUCGCGUGGAUCCAUCGCGCCGCAGGGGUUCUUCAGAAACCGCGUCUCACAUGAUGUACACAAUAACCAGAGGUCCCAGCAAACUUGUUACACAACGGAGAACAGGCCCUACGCAACAGAUUGAGAGCAAAGCGAACGACCUGAAACAGAAGCAAAGCCACUGGUUUGUAUCGGAUUCACCAGCGCCUAAGAUUGUAUUUCACCGGCUGAACGGAAAGCGGUUCCACAGAUCAACCUCUCCAAAAGCUGAGAACACUACUGAGAGAUUCACCCCAGCACACGAGGAAAAUGUUCGGUUUGUUUAUGAGGCUUGGCAGGAGGUGGAACAUAAGCUUGGAGAGGGAUCCCAGCCGGAGAACGGGAAAGGCCCAGUUCAGUACGCGGAGAGAAGCCCCAAUCCCGGCAUGAAGAAUUUUGUGCCUAUUGAUCUCGAGGAGUGGUGGGCCAAGCGUUUCCUGGCCAACAUUGCCAACCUGUCAUGACAGGUGCAUGAUGGGGCAUGAGGAGAUGUGGCUGACCGGUCCAGACUGAGGCAGUGCAGCCUGAAUUUCUGAUGAGCUCAGGUGAUCAUGCGAGAGAUUUGCACACUGUAUGAAUUCAGCCUUUCCUGUGGAACUGUUUGCCCAGCCG